AUGCGGCCGACUUCUUUGCAAUGUCGUGCUGGCAUGCGAACAGCCACUGCGGGGUUGAAGUCUGGGAGUCUUGGGUCUCUUGCUCGACACAUUCGUGCACUCUACCAACCGUCACGAAGCCGAAUCGAACAGCGUAAAGUUCUGCGCCCGCAGAUCACAGCCCUCGUUCCCUACCGCAGCAACGCGUCCGGUUCCCAUUCAGACCGUGUUGACCCAUCCGAGUUCGUCCCUCCUGUGGUCUCAAAGCCAUACUCGGAGACGAUUGUUGGAGUGCCACGCGAGACCUACCCAAACGAGCGACGAGUUGCAAUCACACCCCAGAAUGUUGCUCUUCUACUCAAGAAAGGGUUCAAGAAGGUCCUGGUGGAGCGAGGCGCUGGAGCAGAGGCACAAUUCACAGACCAGGCAUAUGAAAAAGCGGGAGCUACGUUGACGGAUCUGAAAAAUGUCUGGUCGGAGAGCUCGAUCAUUUUGAAAGUUCGGGCACCUAGUUUUGAAGGCGAGAUGAGCGAGAUGGAUCUUCUAAAAUCUGGAUCAACUAUUAUCUCUUUCGUAUACCCGACUCAGAACAAGAAUGUGGUUGAGAAAUUGGCAGAUAGAGGGACCACUUCGUUUGCCAUGGAUAUGAUACCACGAAUUUCUAGAGCCCAGGUUUUCGAUGCGUUAAGUUCAAUGGCCAACAUUGCGGGAUAUAAAGCUGUAUUAGAGGCUUCAAACCACUUCGGCAGGUUCAUGACGGGGCAAAUUCCGCCGUGUAAAGUGCUCGUUAUUGGUGCUGGUGUUGCGGGACUAAGUGCAAUUGCCACAGCCCGCCGUCUCGGAGCCGUCACUCGAGGCUUUGACACCCGACCUGCAGCUCGUGAACAGGUCCAAUCUCUUGGUGCGGAAUUCAUCGAAGUUGAAAUUGAAGAAGAUGGAUCAGGCGCUGGUGGAUAUGCCAAGGAAAUGUCCAAAGAAUUCAUCGAGGCCGAAAUGAAGCUUUUCCUUGAGCAAUGCCGUGAAGUAGACAUUGUGAUCACAACAGCCUUGAUACCCGGCAGACCUGCCCCCAAACUUAUCACUGAAGAGAUGCUUGAAGCUAUGAAACCCGGUUCCGUGGUCGUGGAUCUUGCUGCAGAAGCGGGCGGAAACUGUGUUGCAACCCAACCAGGAAGGCUGGUAGAGCACAAAGGUGUCAAAGUGAUUGGUUACACCGACUUACCUUCGAGACUUCCGACACAAUCUUCAACUCUUUACUCGAAUAACAUUACAAAGUUCCUUCUGUCGAUGAACCCAGAGGAAGGCAAAUUUGGAGUUGAUCUGAAGGAUGAGGUUGUACGAGGAUCUAUCGUCACAUUCAAUGGCGAUAUUGUACCUACAGCUCCACGACCGGCUCCUCCACCUGCCCCAGCAAAACCGACGAUACCAAAUACUGAUGCUGCAGCCGACAAAACGCUGGCAAUAACACCAUGGCAGAAGACUUCACGAGAAGUUGCAACUGUGACUGGUGGAAUGGGACUUGCGCUUGCUCUGGGAAAAGCUACUGGGCCAAUAUUCAUGAGCAAUGCCUUUACCUUUGCGCUCGCUGGCUUGAUCGGAUAUCGUACGGUCUGGGGAGUGACUCCAGCUCUUCAUUCGCCUCUCAUGAGCGUGACCAAUGCUAUAUCUGGUAUGGUGGGUAUUGGCGGAUUCUUUGUGAUGGGUGGAGGUUUGAUUCCACAUACCAUUCCUCAAUUCUUGGGUGCUGCAUCGGUUCUUCUGGCUUUCGUCAACGUCUCUGGAGGAUUUGUGAUCACCAAGCGCAUGCUCGACAUGUUCAAGCGUCCCACUGACCCACCUGAAUACCCCUUCCUCUAUGCCAUACCAGGUGCUGUAUUUACCGGCGGUUAUCUGAUUGCUGCGAGUACAGGUAUGGCUGGCUUGGUUCAGGCCGGCUAUCUGACCAGCAGUCUCCUCUGUAUCGGGUCCCUCUCUGGACUCGCUUCGCAAACCACCGCACGACAGGGCAAUAUUCUUGGUAUUCUUGGAGUCGGAUCUGGAAUUUUAUCUUCUCUUGCAGCUGUUGGGUUCCCAACUGAUGUUCUCAUGCAAUUUGGUGGGGUCGCCAUGAUUGGUAGUAUCCUAGGUCUCAUGAUUGGUCGUCGAACGACAGCUACUGAUCUGCCACAAACUGUAGCAGCCUUGCAUUCUGUAGUUGGGUUGGCAGCAGUACUAACCAGUGUUGGUAGCGUCUUAGCUCAUAUCGGUGACAUCUCGGCGCUUCAUCUCGUGUCUGGAUAUCUCGGGGUUUUGAUUGGAGGUGUCACAUUUACUGGAUCUAUCGUCGCCUUUAUGAAGCUGGCUGGAAGGAUGUCAUCAAAACCAAUUCGCCUUCCAGGUCCACGACACGCCUUGAACUCCACACUUCUCGGUUUGAAUAUCGCGACUAUGGGAACCUUCUUAACGUUGGCUCCUGGUGCUCCCAUGAUUGCUGCUGCGUGCUUGGCUGGAAAUGCUGCGCUCAGUUUUCUCAAGGGUUACACUACUACUGCUGCUAUUGGUGGUGCUGAUAUGCCCGUUGUCAUUACGGUCUUGAAUGCGUAUUCCGGGUUUGCUCUGGUCGCCGAGGGUUUCAUGUUGGACAAUCCCUUGCUCACGACAAUUGGUUCCCUCAUCGGCGUCAGCGGUUCGAUUCUAUCAUACAUUAUGUGUACUGCAAUGAAUCGAAGCUUGACCAACGUCCUCUUUGGUGGAAUCGCACCCGUCGAUAACAGCGAAUACAAGGUUGAAGGUUCGAUCACAAAAACGAAUAUCGAGGAGACUGCCGAUGCAUUAGCAACAGCUGAAAGUGUAAUCAUUGUGGUUGGUUAUGGAAUGGCAGUUGCGAAAGCACAAUACGCUAUUUCCGAUAUCACUCGAAUGCUUAAACAGAGAGGCAUCAAUGUACGAUUCGCGAUUCAUCCUGUCGCUGGACGUAUGCCUGGACAAUGUAACGUUCUUCUUGCAGAAGCUAGCGUGCCUUACGAUAGUAAGUUGACCCCUCAACAUUCUGGGCAUGGCUCAUCGCAUACAGUCGUUCUGGAAAUGGACGAAAUCAACGAUGACUUCAACGACACAGACGUCACCCUCGUUAUCGGCGCGAACGACACAGUCAAUCCCAUCGCCCUCGAGCCAGGGUCUAGCAUCGCUGGUAUGCCCGUCUUGCACGCUUGGAAGAGUAAACAGGUUAUCGUGAUGAAGAGAGGGAUGUCUAGUGGAUAUGCGGAUGUACCGAAUCCCAUGUUCUUCAUGCCAGGCACGAAGAUGUUGUUUGGUGAUGCGAAGGAUUCGUGUGAUGCUAUUAAGAGUGCACUUGAGACGAGGAGUAAGAUGUAUGACGUCUGA